ACCCAAGGGACAAAUAUUGAAAGAAACAAUUUUUAUUUUGCCUUAAUUUGCGUGUAAAAUCAAAGCAGGAAGUUUAUUUUAGAACGGAUGGAAUAAUAGGCAAUGCCAAUACUACUCCUUCCGUCCUAUAAUGUUCUUCCCGUUUGUGUUUACGAGGUGCAUACGUGGGGAUGAAUAUCGGAAUGGACAUAAAAAGGCCCCGACCUUCCGCCGCAAAAGUGGUGGCGCUUCUAAAAGCCCACCAAAUAAACCACGUCCGUCUCUACUACGCCGACGUCAAGCUUCUCAGAGCUCUCUCCCUCACCGGAAUCCAGGUCGUCGUCGGCGUCACCAACGACGAGGUAAAAUACUUCGCUAAUUACCCUUCUAAAGCCGCGCGGUGGGUGAAGGAGAUCGUCGUCGAACUCUCUCCGGCAACAAAUAUAACCGCCAUCGCCGUCGGCAACGAGUUCCUCACUAUGCUCCCGAAGAACGAGUCCCGUUUUCUCGUCCCGGCGAUGAACAACCUUCACAAAGCCUUAGUCGCCGCGAAGCUGAGCCAGAAAGUGAAAGUCUCUGCACCCCAGACGACGGAGGUGAUGGUGGGCACAUUCCCGCCUUCCACCGCGAAGUUCAGCCGGGAAUCCACACUCCGGCGACUCCUCCAGUUCCUGAAAAACACGGAUUCAUUCUACAUGGUCAACGCCUACCCGUACCGUCAAUACGUCGACUCCGGCGGCGUUUUCCCGAUCGAGUAUGCUCUGUUCCAGCCGGGGCAGAAAAUCACGGACUCAAACACGGAUUUCCAGUACGAGAACAUGCUGGAUUCCUUGAUAGACGCCACGUAUUUCGCCAUGUCGGCCCUGGAAUUCCGGCACAUCCCCGUCGUCGUGUCGGAGACCGGGUGGCCGUGGGCCGGCGACAACGAAACAGAGUCCCAGGCGACGGUGAAAAACGCGGAGGCCUACAACAACAACCUGAUCCAGCGGGUCCUGAACGGGUCGGGUCCGCCGAGCCGGAAGGAGAUCCCGAUGAACGUGUACAUCUACGAGAUGUACAACGAAGACGACAUGCCCGGGCCGGUUUCGGAGAGAAGCUGGGGAGCCUUCUUCUCCGACGGGUCGCCGGUGUAUCCCCUGAAUUUCACGACCGGUUCGCCGGGGAAGGUUCGGGUGAACUCGUCGUUCCCGGGGUUCUGCGUGGCGAGGGCGGAGGCGAAGGAUCAAGGUCUGCAAGGCGGGAUCGACUGGGCGUGCGGGCCCGGAGAAACGAACUGCUCGGCGAUAGAAUCUCCGAGGAAUCCCUGUUACGGGGACAGCGUGAAAAACAGAGCUUCGUUUGCGUUCAAUGAGUACUUCCAGAGGAUGCGUUUCUGUGGGGGGAAUUGUGACUUUAGUGGGACUGCAAAUUUGACUGAUAUUGACCCCAGUUAUGGGUCAUGCAGGUUUACCCAAAUACUCAACUCGACCAGGCCUGCUUGCCCAUCCACAUCACCGCCUUCGGGACCCGCGGGCGAAAUUGGCAAAGCAUCGAGGAUUCAAAGUUCAUUCGGGCGGGUUGCAACGACAUUUGUAGCUCUUGUGUUUCUUGAAGUUUGGACAUCCAGAUAUUGAAGUAGUAAAUUUUGUUGUGCAAU